AUGUCACCAGAGACGGCCCAGUAUGAGGCCCUCACUCAGGCAUGCCUGGGCCCCGGAGGCGGAGAGACUGGGACUCCACGGAGAAGCCGUGCCCUGCGCCCACUCGGCCUGGCCGGGAGCCCGGGACCUGUGCGGUCACACCCGGAGGGCCUCACCAGCAGCGGCGGGGGCAGACUCUGUGGGGGCACCCCCUCCUCCAGCAGGGCUGGCCCCAGUGGGAAAAGGAAAUGGGCUCUGAGAGCAGGUGAGGCUCAGCCAGGGCCCCGUGGCUCUCACCCAAGGGCUGAACUCCAACCUUCCUGGCCCGGCUCUGUUUCCCGAGCUGUGGAAAACGCCUCUGUCCACCCGGCAUGGCUGGGUAGUGCCUGCUUCCCCCACACCAGCCACAGGCCGGCUCCCCAGUCCUCUGUGGGACGGUUGCUGGUCUCUGUUAAAAACCCCCCGGGUGACUUGCAUGCCGCCAGGGCCUGUGCCCCCGGGAGACACUCUGGGGAGGGGUCACAAGGAAACCUCAGUCCAAGCUGCCCGGCCAAGGCCGGGCAUGGCUGUGCCAGCACAGGAAGGCAGGGAGGGGUCUCCAGGGCAGGCAGCUCUCCCCUCGGCCCAGUCCCCUCUGUGAAGUGCUCAGCCCAGGCGGGAACGUGCUUCCCACUCAGCCUCCUCCAAGCCGCUGAAGGUCCCACUGGUUCCCCAAAUGACUUCUGUCCUGAGCCGUGGGCUCCUGACCACGCACCUACCUUGCACGGCCUGAACAAGAGUCUGCGCCAGGGACCCCGCUCGGGAGGGGCACAGAGGAAGCCAAGAGCCCACACAGGUGAGGGGGUCUCGUGUCAGCUCACCCAGCCCAGGCUCAGCAGCAGCCUCAGAAUUUCCUGGCAUCUGCUUGCCUGUGUUGCAACCCAAGUGGGGUGUGCGCGCCGCCUGACAGAGAAAACACUCGACGAUUAUGUAAGCGCUUUCCUCCCCAGCACAGGGCCGUCUUGGGCACAUCGAGACCAGACCAUGUGCAAAAGCACUUCGGGAGCGUGGCAGGAGCUGAGCUGCCUGAGAGGGAUUAACCCCUUCCGGGAUGCUGGUGGCUCGUCCUGGGGAACGUGGGACUGGUCAGGAUUGUAGCACGCGGAGGGGUGGAGUGUGAAUGUGGAGGCACCGGUGCUGUGUGAUUUCCCACAAGUUGUCUAACCUCUCUGUGCCUUCAUUGCCUGACUCGGCUGUUUCCAAUGCAGCUGAUUUUAACAGCACCUGUUUCAUGAGGCCACAGCCAGGAUUCUGGAAGGCAAAGCACAGAAAGCCCUCAAUGCGGUCUGAGGCUCCAGGCAAGGCUCAGCUGACAGUAGCUGAAAACAGCAGUUCCAGCCACAGAGUCACCCACCCUGCCCACCACAGAACGAACAAGGAUUUCCAGCUUUGCUCGGAUUUGUGGGGACCACUGGGUUUGGACUUCAGGAAAAGCUCAUUUGCCUUUGGGCAGAAGCGACCGGAGCUGGGGUCACCAGAGGUGGGGGCAGGAACCUCUCGUUGGCUGAUGCGGGACCUGGGGAGGGGCCGUCUGUGUGGGGCAGCACUGGACGCAGACCUGUCGAUACCUGUGAAACCUGCCAGGCUGAGCCGCCGUCCAGCAAGCGAAGAGACCACACUGGACCACGGCGGAGUGACUUGGCCAGCCCCGCCCAGGUCCCCAUAGCCCUCACGUGUGUCCCAACUCCGAGCAGGCGGCCGACAGCGCACCCUGACAAGGCACGCGUGUACCAUCAGGGACACCUGCUUCUUUAAAGUGACCAGAUGGUGCCCAGGACCACAAAAACCAGCCUCACGGCAGGGUGCCCAGCCUCCUUCUCCCUCCGCUGUUAACAUUUUUGCCACGAUUCCAAAAAUGAAGCUGCAGCUGAAAAUAAUUUCUUUUUCUUCUAUAGCCCAAAUGAAUGAUGGGGUAGAGAUUUUCCCAUCAUGAGAACUGCGAGCUCCAUUUGUAGUAGGCCCAGGGGGUGAUAUGUCUGAGGUUGGGGUGCCUUGGGGCCAGAGCCCAGAGGAGAACCCACGUUGGUGUUCUAGUAACGUGAACUCUCAUAAGAUCUUCAGGACAGCAGAGGCAGCGGAGACGCCAGCGGGCAGGGAGAGCCGGCCCGGCCAGCCCCUCAGGAACGAGGUUCAGUCCUAUGCUAGCUCAAAAUUAUAAACCUCAUCUCAGACGGCUGCUUGUGACUCCAGGAGACCACCAGGCCCCGGUGACAGCCAGAGCGGUACCCAGUAUAUCAAUGCCGCCCACCUGCCUGGCGUGGCUGGGAGACGCGGCCGGGUGCUCUCUUGUCUCUCUCUCCCUCCUUCUUUCACUGCUCCCUGAAGGCAGCAUCUAAAGAGGCUGAGGCUGUCCUGUUGCUGCCCUGACCUCUGGGGAGAAGCCCGCAGUUCUGAUUACGGACCUCAGACAGGGAAGUGCACAGGAGGCCUCGGGUGGCCGGGCUAUGCUGCUUCUCCCUGGACGGGCAGAGCUGGCGCAUAGGAGGCACUUCACAGGUGACUAAGGAGGCACAGACCCGAGGCCUGGGGGACUGCAGUGUCCCGUGGAUCCCAGCUGCGGCUAUCAGGCCCACGGGUGGGAGAGCCAAGGGAGGGGCUCAGCUGGGCAAUGGGAUGAGAGCGGGCGGGGACACUGCUGGGAACUCCCUUCACUACAAGGCCAACAAUGUGCGUAAGCGAACAGGGCGGGAGAGCUGCGUGUGGCCUCAGGCAGUCACUCGGCCUCUCCGCCGGUUUUCCUGGUCUGUAAAAUGGACCGAAAUGCCCGCCCUGUGGUGUUCUUUGGGCAGUUUCUAUAAAUGCUUGGCCCAGCCUCCCCGGCACAUGGCUGCUAUCUGGGGCACUGUUUUGUUAUUUUCAUCCCUGCCCCUGCUGUUUGCUUAGACUUCCCCUGACUCCAGUGAAAUCAGCCUCCACAGGCAUUUCGUCAGCCCCUUGUUUGUCCACAACACGGCUAGGCAGGUGUGCCCAGGGGGUCUGAGGCUUUAACGGACUUUAAAUGUAUAUCCCUGCAGGAAACAGGUUUCUGUACAGCCCGAGAGCAGCCAGGUUCGGGGCUUGAGGGGCAAAGAUCCUAAGGAUGCUGGAGCCAGGGAUGGGGCUGUGGUCAUGGGGCUGUGGGGGAGCGGGGAAGGAGCGCCCACCCUGCCAGGACCUCCCACAGCCGAGUCCACUGGGAAGCCAGCCUGCAGGGCCUGGGGUGAGGGCACAGGAGCCCACCCAGCAACACAGGGGUGAUCCGGAAGUGGACAGAGAACCCCAGCGGCUCUAUCACAAGGCCACACACGUGACACGCAUCUCCCGGGACCGGGACUCCAGCUAUGGAGGGCCACUUAUAGAAAAGAGCCCUCUCCUUACACACAGUUUGCUACCCUCAGUUUCAACGCUGUGCCAAAGUUUAAAAUCAGGACGGAUUUCCUCCCCACACUGUGUGUAGAAAUGCCUGGUGUUCUUUAAACGUGUGAUGUAGCUUCCCCACUGGGUGACUGGUCUCGGUUUGGCCACCACACUCACGGCUGCUGGAUCCCGAUGGUCUCAGAUCAAACCCCCCAGGGAAGAUGGGCUGGGCAAUCCGUCAUCCACGGCGAGCCUUCGAGUCGGAUGCAGCCAAGGUCUAGUCUGACUCCAGGACCAGAGACGGAGGGGAGCUUGUCACAGCCCCCAUGCCAUUCUGCUGAGAGGCACCCCUGCCCAGUGCCAGGCCGACGUCCACACCUUCCUGCUGUUCCCGCCAGCCGAGCUGACCCACUUUCCAUGGCCACCUGCCGCCAAGCACCCAGAGAGCUCGCUCUUGCCCAUCUUCCCGCGGCCCAGCUGCUGGGGGAGCCAGGCAGACACCCGCCCAUGUGGGGGGCAGAGGGAGGUGAGCGCGGGGCGGUGGGUAAGUGGAUGUGGCUUAGGUGCCUGUGGGGUUUCUUUUGAUUGCUCUGGCUGCUGGACAGGGAGGCGUCCCCAUCAGCGGAGUGGAGGUGGGGAGGUGAUGCACAGGUUCAAGGCAAAGGGAAGGGAAGUGGGGCCGCCAGACGGAAUGAAGAGGUCGCCUGGAAGCCUGUGGUUUCACAGCAAAAAUGCAACCAGGUGUGUGCUGCUUCUCCACAUCUCAGGUCCAGGGCAGGCGAAGGUUCAUAUCAUCUCAGUUUGGGGCUUUGUCUAGAUGAGUCCUCCGAGGUGCAAAGGGGUUGAGGGUGUGUCCAUGCAGAGGGGAGCCGUGGGUCUGGGCCCCUGGCCCACUAAAGGAGGGGCCAGGGGAGCCAGCUACAGGGGAGACGGCAGGGCAGGGGUCAGCGCAAUGUGCUCUGCAGUCCACAGAUGCGGGACGGGGCUCCCUUAAUUUAGGUCUUCUUUAACCUCCUUCAGUCAAGUUUUAUGAUUUUUUUUCCCAUAAACACUUUUCGCAUCUUUAACGAGUUAUUUCUUGACAUUUCUAUAUCUUAAAGCUUUUUGAACGGUGGCUUUUUAAAGUUUCCUUUUUGCAUGACCGCUGAUGACAGAAACGCAAUGACACCUCGUAUAUUGACUUUGAUCCCCAAAAACGUGCUGACGUCUCUUAAUAGUUCUGAUAUUUAUCCCUGGGAAAUAUUUUAGGUUAUCUUUGCAAAUUGUUUGGAGUUUUCUAGAACACAGUGACAUCACCUGCGAAUAGCGAGUUUUGUCUUUUCGUUUCCACAGUGUGCCUCUGGCUUGUUUCCUUUUCUUUCUCUGCUCCCAAGACCUCCACACAGCUGAACAGAAGCUGUGAGAACGGCACCCAGCCCCGCUCCCGACGUUGGGGACGUGUGCUGUGGCCGCAAGGCUUCUGUGGAAUCUCUUGAUCGAGUCAAGGGAAUUCCCUUUUUUAUUUUCUAGAAUUCCCCCCUUUUUUUUU